AUGGCGACCAAGACAAGCGAAAAGGUGCUCAUCACCGGGAUGUGUCUUCUCACUACCCUCAACCUCGCAACCCACUACCAGAACGAGAAGAGGGAAAUAGCCCGAGCAGAAGCCGAUGCUCGAAGGGAGCAGCGUGUUACGUUGCGAAAAACCUGCAUGACGGCCACCCGUCAGAUGCAUAGACUUGCUCAUCAGCUUCGCCAUAUGAGGGAUAUGUCGCCGUACAGCCAGGAGUUUAAGACCGCGUUUGAGAAGCUGGGGCGUAUUGCGAGGGAUAUUGGGGAUAAGGGUGAUGAGGGCGGGAAGAUUAAAAAUGACGGUGGUAAGUGA